GGCAGAGUUAUGAAAAUGUGAGCAAGCGAACACAAUGCUGUGAGCAGCACUAGGUCAUAAUAUAGGCCUAUAUAGAGAAGUAAAAUCAACAUGAAGCCUAAAGCAUUAAGAUUUUAAUUCAGACAAAUGUAGAAGCUAAUCAGGAUGAGGUCCAGCAGUCUACAGCUGGCCAAACCAAUCCUGAUUAUUGUGACAAUAUUACAGAAAUCUUGCACAACAUCAUUGCCCCCAGUAGAUGUAUCAGUGUGCAGCCCUAACCCCUGUGAGCAUGGUGUAUGUACAGCUUUACGUGGACACCAGUUCUACUGCACAUGCAUAUCAGGAUAUGGAGGCAGCCGAUGUCAUAUUCUGUUCCAUGCUUGUGUCACUCAUCCCUGUCUAAAUGGGGCCACAUGUCAGGUUACUGCAGCAGGAUUCCAGUGUAGAUGUGCUGAUGGCUACAUAGGAAGGCAAUGUGAACAGGAACUGGAUGAGUGUGUUAGUCUUCCUUGUCAGAAUGGUGGGACAUGUACUGACAGACCAGGGUCAUAUAGCUGUCAGUGUCCUGUAGGAUAUACAGGUAUGUGUGUUUUUCUUCUAUGUGUUGAUUUGUCUUCAAUAACACGAGCUACUUGUGAGACCAACAUUGAUGACUGUAGCUCAGAUCCAUGUCUGUUUGGAGGGACCUGUCAGGAUCUGGUGGAUGGCUAUAGGUGUGUCUGUCCACCAGAGAGGGCUGGUGUUGCAUGUGAGAGGGAACAACUCUGUUCAGAUGACCACUGUAUGAACCAUGGUGUGUGUAUUCCUACUGGUCAGUCUCAACUCUGCCACUGUUUGGCGGGGUUUACUGGUGACCAAUGCCAGACCAAUAUCAAUGAAUGUUCACUGACCACAUCACCUUGUAGUGGACAUGGUACAUGUGUGGAUGGAAUAGAUGGCUACAGUUGUGUUUGUUCAGACCACUUUACUGGUCUAACUUGCGAGUCUGAGAUCAACCCUUGUGACCAAUCUCCCUGUCAAAAUGGAGGACAGUGUUGUCAUAGAAACAAGAUUUUCUGUCCUGCAGGCCUGAGUCCUGGGGAAUACCAGUGUUACUGUGAUUCUUCUGCUGGUUAUAGUGGACGUCACUGUGAGGUGUCCAAUCCUUGUUAUAGUCAGCCAUGCCAGAAUGGGGGCUUGUGUUCGAUGUCAGGUGGAGGUGUCCAGUGCACAUGUCCACUGACGUUUACCGGUCAGUAUUGUGAUAUACCACUUCCCUGUGCCAGCCAGCCUUGUAUCAACGGAGCCAGCUGUGUGGGGACAGGGGUGACCUAUACAUGCAUCUGUGGUCCUGGUCACACUGGGACUUAUUGUGAGUUAAGGAUUCCUUGUCACUUCAAUCCAUGUCACAAUGGAACUUGUGUGGUCAGUGAUGAUCAAGAGGCAUGUGAUUGUCCAGCUAACACCACCGGUCAGUUUUGUGAGUUUGACCAUCCCUGCACAAGUCAACCGUGUCAAAAUGAUGGGAUUUGUGAACAGGUGUCCACUGUAGAUUUCAGUUGUACAUGUACAGCCAAUUAUACCGGAACAGUGUGUGAAUCUAGACUUCCCUGUUCUGAUAUGCCAUGUGAAAAUGGUGGGACCUGCAUCUCUAAUGGAUCAACCAUAGAUUAUGCUUGUAAUUGUCACCAAGGGUUUACUGGUAGAAAUUGUCAGAAUGAAAUCAGAUUCCCUUGCCAACCUUCUCCUUGUUUAAAUAAUGCUACCUGUAUAGAAACAUCUGACAACUCAUUCAUAUGUAACUGUCUGCCAGAAUUUGUAGGUAUAAAUUGUGAAAUAUUCUUGGAAUGCUCUAAAAACCCUUGUCAAAACAAUGCCACAUGCCUGAAUCAUCCAAACAGUACAUACUCCUGUGUUUGUCCUGAGAGUAUAACAGGGUCAACUUGUGAGACUGUACUUCCCUGUUUUAGUCAGCCUUGUAGAAAUGGUGCAACUUGUGUUAAUUCCAUUGAUAAUUCAACAUUCAACUGCAGCUGCUUUCCUGGAUAUUCUGGUGAUAGAUGUGAGAGUUAUGUCCCUUGUAUAACCAAACCCUGUUUUAACGAUGGAUUAUGUACCAAUUCUGGGACGUCUUUUGACUGUAGCUGUAAAGCUAUGUAUGAAGGUUUACAGUGUGAGAUUUAUACACCCUGUGGAAACAGGCCCUGUCAGAAUUCUGGUGUCUGUACUAAUGUUAAUGGCUCUUAUAAAUGUUCAUGUCCUGUUGACUACACCGGACGUCACUGUGAGACAGCCGUCUAUCCCUGUGUCCGAAACCCCUGUCAGCAUGGAGGCUUAUGUGAGGAGUUAGGGGUAGGGCAAUAUUCCUGUACCUGUCAAUCAAAUUAUGUUGGUCACGAUUGUGAGAACUACGUUCCUUGUGACAGUGACCCUUGUCAAAAUGGGGGCACCUGUCUAAACAAAGCGGACACCUUCCAGUGCUGGUGUGUAGAAGGUUUUACCGGGAACAGCUGUGAGAGUCGUGUCCCCUGUGAAGGUAGCCCUUGUAUCCAUGGAAAAUGUCAAGAAGGAGCAUGUAUCUGUGAUGCAGGGUACACUGGACAGUCAUGUGACUUAAUCCAGACAACUUGCAGCCCAGACACUUGUAUGCAUGGCAGCUGUAUAUUACAGAAUGGUCUCUUCGUCUGCAUCUGUAACCAAGGUUAUACAGGCCCUUCUUGUAAUCAAGUCAAAGACCCUUGUGAUGCUAACCCUUGUAAAAAUGGUGGGUACUGCCAUGUUGCUGUUGGGUCAACAACACCCUGGUGUCAAUGCCUGUCAGGUUUUACAGGUCCUCACUGUGAAACACGCAUCCUACCGUGUUACUCUCAACCCUGUCACAAUGGAGGAAGCUGUGUGGAUAUGGUCAACAGUUAUAAAUGUCUAUGUACAGCAGACUUCAGUGGAAGUCGAUGUGAACAAAGGAUCAGCCUGUGUGAUCAGUCUCCUUGUCAAAAUGGAGGAUACUGCAGUGAUACAGAUGGAAAUUUCCAGUGCAUAUGUCCACCAGGAUUUUCAGGACUAAGAUGUGAGCUGGGUGUAAAUGACUGUCAGAGUCAACCGUGUCAAAAUAACGGUCUGUGUAGUAUCUCGACCACUGGAGUUGUAUGUAGCUGUUCACCACCCUAUUCAGGAGUUUAUUGUGAGACUAUGGUGACCUCUUGUGACCCCAACCCAUGUCAGAGUGGUGGACAGUGUGGUGUAGAUGAGUACGGUGUCUUCUGUACUUGUCCAACUGGAGUGACUGGCUGGUUCUGUCAAAUCAAUGACAACUGUGCAGCAGACAUCUGUAAUCAACAUGGUGACUGCUGGAUCAACAAUGGCACGGUCAUUUGUGAUUGUUAUCCUGGAUUUUCAGGAAAGUUUUGUGUGAAAAGUGUAGAGGGAUGCGAGUCUAAGCCCUGUAUAAGAGGCACCUGUUCAGAGGAUGCUAUGGGGGCGUUCCAGUGCUCCUGUCCACCAGGCUUUGUUGGAAACAAAUGUGAGAGACUGGAUCCCUGUGGGCCACACCUCAGCCAGUCUGUCUGUCUGAACGGGGGCAACUGUCUGGUUGUAAAGGAUGAAUAUCGAUGCAUGUGUCGACCAGGGUUCAAAGGUCAGCACUGCGAGUUAGCCUAUCAUGCAUGUUCUGGCUCAGCUGCACGUUGUCAAAAUGGUGGCAUUUGCAUGUUCAAUGCCUCUGCAAUAAACUCCUAUACCUGCACAUGUACACAAGGUUACACAGGAAGAGAUUGUGAAACACCAUUCCAGUAAACAGCACAAGAUGGAUUCUUAUAUUUUGUAAAACAAAACGAAAUAUAUCUUAUACAACUGUAUGAUGCUGUUAGUAUCAUACAUGUACAUUAUUUGUAUUUAAUUACAAGUAUUUUUGAGUGGUGGGUUAAACAACAUAUCUUUAUCUUUUGAUGCAUAUAUAAGGCAUAUUAUUACGUGUAAUAUAAAAUUGUAUUGCAUUUUCGCCAGUGAAAUAUAGAAAUUUAUCAAACUGAUAAAACUAACAUUUUCACUGCAGUGAUGAGCAGUGGAAAUAUAAGAUUUUGCAUUGGAAAUAUCAGUUUUGCAGUGAAAAUAUAUAGAAGAUAUUGAA